AUGUUUAGUAGUAUAACAAGUAAAUUAUCAGCAAUUUCAGGUGGAUCAAGUAAAAAUGAUUAUAAAGAAGCAAAUUAUUAUAAUUAUUUUAGAAUUUUAGAAAAGAAACAAACUGAAGAGAUUGCAAGAAAAAGAUGUGGUUUAUAUAGUUUAAAAAAUCAUAAUAAUGUAUUUGUUUUAAAAGAGUUUUCAAUUGAAACUGAAAUUAAUGAUUGUAGUUCAACAUCAAUUUGGACACAAAGCUAUUCAAAUGAUUCAAAUACACCAGUCGAGGCAAAGUAUCAAUUACCAUUACAUCCAACAUCGGUUGUAUCAAAUUUUCAAAUUGAAUAUCAAGGUAAAGUAAUUCAAGGUAAAAUCAAAGAGAAAGAGAAAGCAUUAGAGAAAUACAAUGAUGCAAUUGCAAGUGGUGGUCAAGCAUUUAUGGCAACAAAAUCAGAUGACGGUUAUUUCAAUUUAACACUUGGUAAUUUACCACCAAAAGAGAAUGUUAAAGUUAGAGUUGUAAUCUCAUCAGAGUUGGGUACACAUACCGAUGGUCAAUUACAUUAUUGUCUUCAUCGUUAUAUGUUCCCAUCUUAUGCAUUCAAUUUCAACUAUAAUGUAGUUUUAAAAUUUUCAAUUCCAAUUAAAUCGAUUGAUUGUGAUGGUUUUGAUGUAAAUGUAAAUUAUAAAGAGAAUUCAAGUAAAAAAGAAGCAAAAAUCACAUCAAAAUCACAGCAUACAAGUGGUGUUAAAAAGAAUAUAAUUUUAAUUAUUCAACCUGUUGAGCUAAAUGAACCAAAAUCCAUGAUUGAAUAUAUUGGUGGUGGCGAUGAUAAAUCUUAUGCAACAGCAAUUAAUUUUUAUCCAUCAUUCAAGAAUGUUAAUCCAGAUGAAGUUUAUCAAAAGAGUGAAUUUAUUUUCUUAAUUGAUUGUUCUGGUUCAAUGAGUGGUCAAUCGAUUAAUAAAGCUAGACGUGCUAUGGAAAUUAUUAUUAGAUCAUUGAAUGAACAACAUAAAGUAAAUAUCUAUUGUUUUGGUUCAUCUUUUAAUAAGGUAUUCGAUAAAUCAAGAGUUUACAAUGAUGAAACCUUAGAGAUUGCAGGUUCAUUUGUUGAGAAAAUUUCAGCAAAUUUGGGUGGCACAGAAUUAUUACCACCAAUGGUUGAUAUUCUUUCCUCUCCAAAUGAUCCAGAGUAUCCAAGACAAGUUUUCAUUCUAACCGACGGUGAAAUCUCUGAAAGGGAUAAAUUAAUUGAUUAUGUAGCAAAGGAAGCAAAUACAACUCGUAUCUUCACCUAUGGUAUUGGUGCUAGUGUCGAUCAAGAAUUGGUUAUUGGUCUUUCAAAAGCAUGUAAAGGUUAUUAUGAAAUGAUCAAAGAGACUACCAAUAUGGAGAAACAAGUAAUGAAGUUAUUAAAUGUUGCAUUUGAACCAAUGCUUUCAAAUAUUAAAUUGGAUUGGUCAUCAUGUGGUCUUGUUGAUGUCAUUCAAGCACCUUCUCACAUUAGACCACUUUUCAAUCAAGAGAGAAUGAUGAUCUAUUCAAUGAUACCAUCAAAUCAAACCAAUCAAGAUAUCAUCAAUGCCUCUAUUGAGACUUCAAAACCAUUAAUAAUCACUUUAACUGGUGAUGGUCCAAAAGGUAAUGUUUUAUCAUUCCCAAUCACUUUAGAUUUUAAAAAUGAUCUUUCUACAAAUUCAAAUCAAAUUCAUACUCUAGCUGCUUUUAAACAUAUUCAAGAUCUUGAAGAAAGUGAAAGAAAAGAAAAGAAGGAUAAUAAAGAUAAAAUCGUUGAAUUGGGUAAGAAAUAUGGUUUAGUUUCAAAACAUACCUCUUAUAUUGUUACCGCUGAUUCUGAUAAUGUCACUGAAGAAACAAUGAAAACUGUUGACAUUAUGAAUCAAUCACCUCCUAUUCGUCCUGGUGGUCGUAUUGUUUCUAGAGGUGGUGGUAGAAGUGGUGCUAGUGGUGCUUUAUCUUCAAGUAUUUUGUCAAGAAAACGUUCAUCCUCCCCAUCUACUGCUACUAAACGAUCUUCUUCAUCUUCAUUUUCAUCUUCAUAUUUAUCUUUAUCAUCUUCAUCCCAAAAGAAGAAAAAAGAAGUUAGUAGAAGUGAUGAUGAUGACGAUGAUGAAAAAAUAGAAAAUUGUGUUGAAAGUUAUGAAAGUGACGGAGGUGAUCAAUCAAGUGAACAAGAUGAAGAAGAAGAAGACGAUUGUGAUGAUUUCCAUGAAGAUCUAGACGAAGAUUUAGGUGCUACCGCAAUGGAUGUUGAUAAAAAAGAAUGUGAAAAAGAAUGUAAAAAGAAAGAUUCUUCAAAAGUUGACCUUAAAGUCAAACCUUCAAAAGUACCUCUACCAUCAAGAUCACCUUCAGUUUCAAAACCAACAACAACAUCACUACUUUCUCCAUCUCCAAAAUCAGCACCAUCAGCACCAUCACAACAAAAAUCAGUUAAAAGUACUGGUGAUUUAUUAAUUGAUUUAUUAAAAAUUCAAAAAUCAAAUGGUUCUUGGACAAAAUCUUCUAUUGAUCAAUUGAAAAUCCCAACUGACAAAGCACCUGCCGAAUUAUCAACUACUGAAUUAAAUGACAUUUGGGUAACCAUUAUCGUUAUUGCAAAGAUUGUAAAAUUCUUCUCAUCUGAAAAAGCUCAAUAUGAACUUGCAAUUCAAAAAUCAACAAGAUGGGUAAAACUUCAAUUAUCGAAAUUAAAUCUUCCUGAAAAUACUUUUGAUAAAUUUUUAUCAAACGCUAAAUCAUUAGUUUAA